AUAAGGAGCGCCUCACAUUUCCAUGGCAUUCCCAUUUGCUAGUGCGCUGCUGCGGCCGCACGCCUGAUUGAUAUAUGACUGCAAUGGCACUUUUCCAUUUGACAUUCUCUCUCUCUCUCUCUCUCUCUCUCUCUCUCUCUCUCUCUCUCUCUCUCUCUCUCUCUCUCUCUCCCUGUGUCGCUUAAACAACAGUCCUAACUUUUGUGUGUUGCAAAUAUAAAAGGCAAGCCAUGUGACAGAGGGACAGAAGAACAAAAGCAUUUGGAAGUAACAGGACCUCUUUCUAGCUCUCAGAAAAGUCUGAGAAGAAAGGAGCCCUGCGUUUCCCCCAAGCUGUGUAGCAGAUUCUGUGAUGAUUGACUGCAAGUGUAAAGAAUAAGAAAAACUUCGGCAUACAAAGGACAAUGACAGCCAGGAAGCUUCAGCCAUAUCCUGCCCUUUCCUUGAAAGGAACUGGAUCCUAGAAGGUGGAGCAUUUCCAAUUUUUAGUACUCUGCCUCCCUCUACUGUUCUUCUUGAGAACUUUUUUCUUACAACAAUGAGAAAUCAUGUACUAGCUGCAUCCUUCUCUAUGCUCUCCCUGCUGGCGCUAAUGGGAGAUACAGAUAGCUCCUUGAUGUUGGACUCGGACCCUCGGCGCUGCAUGAGGCACCAUUACGUUGAUUCUAUCAGUCAUCCGUUGUACAAGUGUAGCUCAAAGAUGGUGCUCCUGGCCAAGUGUGAGGGGCACUGCAGUCAGGCGUCACGCUCUGAACCCAUGGUGUCAUUCAGCAGUAUCCUCAAGCAGCCCUUCCGCUCCUCCUGUUACUGCUGCCGGCCCCAGACCUCCAAGCUGAAGGCACUACGGCUGCGCUGCUCGGGAGGCAUGCGACUCACAGCUACCUACCGGUACAUCCUCUCCUGUCACUGCGAAGAAUGCCGCUCUUGAGACCAGCUUUUGAGUGGUCUCUGGGUGGCUCAACC